AUGGGUGGCGAGAAGACGGUCAGAGUCAAUGCAGACUUGUUCAGUCUGGCUGGGGACAACAAAUAUGCCGCGAUGCUAUCUGACCGUUGGCAAGGAAAAGGAGGUUUGAAGGAUGAUUGCAGUAUGUUCGUCGACUAUUCGCCCAAAGUGUUCAUGCCGCUGAUUGAAUGGCUCCGUUUGAUUAGAGAUUCUGAGCCUGAGAUGACCACACCUGUCAUAAUCGAUCCUCCGCACCUCACUGCAUGGAUUCGCAUGAUGAUAGCGAGCGCUUUCCAUCCGCAAGUGUUCCGAAAAGCCAACUUGACGGGAAAAGACUUGUGUAUGGCUGGCUGCAGCUUGAGGCUUUGCAUAGAAGCAGGUUUGGGGCCUGACUGCUUCCGAAACUAUUUCCCUUGCCACUGGCCCUUCAAGGUGUCGGAACUGAAGGAUAGUGGCUUCACAGCAGCAGAACUCCGUGACGCGGGCUUCACAGAUGUGACUUUACUAGCGAGGGCUGGUUUGAGCACUUCGGAGCUUGAAGCUGCGGGCUUUGACCGACAUGAGGCCGCUGCUUCUGCAGGGUUCACUGCACGCGAGUCCUUUGAGGCGUCCAUUGCUGCAGCAGGUGCAGCAGGCUACGACAGGCCGCCGGUCAAGGCGCCACCGACACUUUGGCCAAAAGGUGGCCCCAAGGGCAUGCGGAUGCAGCCAGGGCUUCCAUUCUUUCUCAAGGGAAAAGGCAAAGGGCCUUUGGGGCCGAUGGGAAUGGGGCCGUCCAUGGGGCCGACCCUCAUACAUGGGGGGUCAGAUUCUCUCUGGGGGCAAUUCUCGCCGAGCUCAUCGCAGUUUCCUCCUCCAACAAAGCCACCACCACCACGGCCCUCAUGGUUGGACGCAAAUUCGGACCACAUGUUUGGCGACUUGUUGGACUCAGAGGGCUCCGGCUGA